CUGGGGAGCACGAGCCCGCGGGUGGCGCGCAGCGCAUGGUGGCGGCUCCUCUCGGAGCGCAGCCGACCCGCUGACCCGGGCUCCGUUUCCCCUGCCCAGCGCGCCCCGGCGACCGGCUGGAGGCCGAAACAACAGCAGCCUUAACAGCAGCAGCGGCCGCGGCUGCUCCGCCGCCACCGUCUCCGCGGGAGCAUGGAGUGCGCCCUGGACGCCCAGAGCCUGAUCAGCAUCUCCCUGCGCAAGAUCCACAGCUCCCGGACCCAGCGCGGCGGCAUCAAGCUGCACAAGAACCUCCUGGUGUCCUACGUGCUCCGCAACGCGCGCCAGCUCUACCUGAGCGAGCGCUACGCCGAGCUCUACCGGCGCCAGCAGCAGCAGCAGCAGCAGCAGCAGCCGCCCCACCACCAGCACCAGCACCUCGCGUACGCGGCGCCCGGCAUGCCGGCCAGCGCGGCCGACUUCGGCCCGCUCCAACUUGGCGGCGGCGGGGACGCGGAGGCGCGCGAGCCGGCCGCCCGGCACCAGCUGCACCAGCUCCACCAGCUCCACCAGCUGCACCUCCAGCAGCAGCUGCACCAGCACCAGCACCCGGCGCCCAGGGGCUGCGCGGCGGCGGCCGGGGCGCCCGCGGGCGGCGCGGGGGCGCUCUCGGAGCUGCCCGGGUGCGCCGCGCUCCAGCCGCCGCACGGCGCGCCCUGGGCGCCGGGUGCUGGUGCUGGUGCAGCUGCUGCUGGAGUCUACCGGGGCGCGUACCCGGCCCCCUCGGACUUCGGCGUGCACUGCAGCAGCCAGACCACCGUCCUGGACCUGGACACUCACGUGGUGACCACGGUGGAGAACGGCUACUUGCACCAGGACUGCUGCGCCUCCGCCCACUGCCCCUGCUGUGGCCAGGGCGCCCCAGGACCCGGCCUGGCGUCCGCCGCCGGCUGCAAGCGCAAGUAUUACCCUGGCCAGGAGGAGGACGAAGACGACGAGGAGGACGCGGGCGACCUGGGAGCCGAACCCCCCGGGGGCGCCCCGUUCGCCCCCUGCAAGCGCGCCCGCUUCGAGGACUUCUGCCCGGACUCGUCCCCGGACGCGUCCAACAUCUCAAACUUGAUCUCCAUCUUUGGCUCGGGCUUCUCGGGGCUGGUGAGCCGACAGCCGGACUCCUCCGAGCAGCCGCCGCCGCUCAACGGGCAGCUGUGCGCCAAGCAGGCGCUCGCCAGCCUCGGCGCCUGGACUCGAGCCAUUGUCGCCUUCUAGGGACCCCCGAGGGCACGGGGACCCGGGGCCCCGCGGGGCUGGGGCCAGACAAAGACUCGGCCAAGGGGCGAGAGGAGGGAGCGAACGGGCGCCUGGCCACCCGGGGCUGAGCUGGGAGCGAGCAGGGGGAGGCGGCUGAUGUUUUAUAAAUUGUAAAAUAAAAAAAAAAAAAAUCUAAGAUCU